AUCACAGGUGGAGAGGAGAGGUGUCCCCAUAGUAUAAAUAUCGAAGACGCACAAAUUCAAGUCACAUCUCAGGUACGAACCCAGCAGAGGAAACAACACAACCCACGACUCUCCUCAAAAAUGAAGACUGUUUUUGUGAUCGCCGCCUGUCUGCUGGCCGUCGCCGUGGCCGCUCCUGCUGAUCGCGAGAAGCGUGGCUACGCCGUGGCCGCCGCGCCCGCGGUGUAUCACGCUGCCCCAUUGGCCGCCCCUGCCUAUUACCACGCUCCUGCGCCCGCUGUAUACCACGCGCCCGUCGCACCUGUGGCCUACCACCCUCCGGCCGUGGCCUACGCAGCUCCCGCGGUCCAUGCCCCUGUGGCCUAUCACGCCCCCGCCAUGGGCUACCCUCUCGGAUACAGUGCAUACACCCUUCACUAAUUUCGGAAAACCAUCAACACUUUGGAACACACAAGAGAUGGGACUGUUGAGAUCUGAGCAGUCACUGACCACCCCAGCUGAUAAACACCCGCGUAUCCACGCAAAGUCGUGGUGGGGGGGAUUUCAAAUCUUAAUUUUACGAUCGCUUUUUGUCACUGCGUAGAUUUUAGAAACAAAAAGGGAACAAGCUAAAGAAUAAUGAUAAGAGGAAAUUGAAUAAAAAAGUUCUUCCAUACUUUGAAUAAUUCCUAAUUUUUGUGUUUGCAAUUCUUUUAAAGCCGAAAAAUUAUAUUUAUAUGUACAUAAUUCUAAAAAGAGAGAUUUUUUUUUGAGUUUAUAGAGACGGUUUAAUGAGUUCAAGCGUUACAAAUUACACGCCAGUAAAUAUAUAACACAUACUCUCAACAAUUAUGAUUGAAAUCUUUGCAGUCUAUUUGAAACAGAUAUAAAUAAAAUUUAUCUCACAGAUUUUUGUAUUAUUAACAAUUAUGCCAUGUUUUAUGCUUUAAUGUGAUGCGACCCUCCAAGAAGUGGAUGAAAUUCCUCGGUGAUUAUUUCUGUAUAUCUGGGUUGACGAGAUUCCACUCUCAAGAAAAUCAAAUGUGCGAAAAACUGA